AUGCAAAUACAUGACAAUUCGACCCUGUUCGUGCAUGAACACGAUGACGACGAACACAAGGAAGAAACAUUCGGAAAUGACACAACUACAUUAUCGGAACCACAACAUGAAAAUCAUGUGGAUGAAAAUAACGUGUUGGAGCAAAAUUCUAAAAAGCGAAAAUUAUCUAACGAGACUAUCAUGACCGAUAAUGAAAAUACUAUCAAUGAAACAUUUAAUCUCCCCAAAGAAGAUGAUAACACUGAUGAUGACGAUGAAUCCAGUACUAACACUCGAAAAAUCCUUCCUCCAUGCCAAAUUUGUUCCACUUUAGAAUCCAAAUACACAUGUCCAGGCUGUUCCAUCAAGUAUUGUUCCAUGGAAUGUUUUAAAAAUCAUAAAACCACAUCCAAAUGCACCGGAAAACGAGACACCACAAAAUACAUUGAUUUAAAGGAGUUCAAUGAUCGACAUUUAAAAAGUGAUUACAACUUUUUAGAGAAUUUACAAUCACAAACCUUUCAUUGGUCCCGACAACGAGAUUUAGAAAAGAUUGAUUCUCACACCUAUCAAUAUCAUCAUCCAAAAGUAAGAGAAUUGCAAUAUAGAGCCACACAGAAAGGCAUUCGGAUGGAACUCAUGCCUCAAGGAAUGUCCAAACGAGAACAAAAUACCUCCUAUUACAACAAAAAGCUGGACAAGAUCUUUUGGAGAUUGGAAUUUAUAUUUGUGAAUGAAUUGGAUCAUCAGACGGGUGAGCCGUGUCAUGUGGUGGAGGCUCAUCUCUCCGAGGAUUUGAAAAUUUGUGAUUGUAUGAGUCGAUAUUUUGAUAAGAACAUGAAUGGUAGUGCCAAAACAAGAGAUCAAAUGCAAAAGUACACGAGUUACUUUGAGAAGUUUAAACAAUCCUCCUCCUCCUCCAGCACGAGUCAAGAUUCAUCAUUCGGAUUGGAAAAUUCCAAACCUACUGCAGCAGAGGAACAACAACAAAUCACUAGCAACCCUAACAAUCAGUGUAACCAAGAGCGGGACUCUCCUUUGAGAGACGACGCAUUUUUUUAUUUUAUUAAGGUUGAAGGAAGACCUUCGAGUGAGACCUUGUACUAUGCUCUAGAUUCAACACUGUGUUUGCGAGAGUGUUUGAAAGAGUUGGUCAUUUUGGAGUAUCCUGUGAUUGAAGUGGUGUUACCUGGAUAUGAAAGCAAGUAUACUGUCAUAACGAGAGAACAAAUGAAUGACAUGAAUGCACAACGAGAUGAACGAUUGAAGGAGAAGAAGGAGAAGAGACAAGCAUUUCUUGAAAAGAAGACAAAAUAUGAAGAGAGACAAGCUGAAAAGUUGGAAUCAACGUUCAGAGGACAGGGGAACAAACGAGGAGGCAGCAUGCAUGGACGAGGCCGAGGAGGAUAUUCUGGUGGUGAAAAACGAAGUCACACAGAGGCCUCCAAUGCAAGAGGUGACAACAGUUCUCAGCGUUCGAACAACAGUAGAGCAAGCAACAAUAGAACAGAAGAACGACGUGGUGGAUUCACGAGAGGAGGCAAAUCCAAGAACUACAACCAGCACCGCCCAUCACAAAAUCGAACGAAAACUCAGAGUUCUGAAGGUGCACAACCUAACAACAAUUGA